CGGCGGCGGCGGCCCAGCGGCGGCAGAGCGGGCUCGGUCCGAGGGCGCGCGGCGGCGGCGGCUCGGGCCCGCCCGGGCUGCGACGAGAGCGAGCGGCCGGGCUCCCUCCUCCCGCGCCCGCCGCCGCUGUGAUUGGGUGGAAGAUGGCGCUGGGCGGAUGGAAAUCCUAAUGACAGUCUCCAAAUUCGCCUCCAUCUGUACCAUGGGCGCCAAUGCCUCGGCAUUAGAGAAAGAGAUUGGUCCAGAACAGUUUCCAGUCAAUGAGCACUAUUUUGGAUUAGUCAAUUUUGGCAACACUUGCUACUGCAAUUCAGUUCUUCAAGCACUUUAUUUUUGUCGCCCAUUUCGUGAAAAAGUUCUAGCAUACAAGAGUCAACCCAGGAAAAAGGAGAACCUUCUUACGUGUUUAGCGGAUCUCUUCAAUAGCAUAGCCACUCAGAAGAAAAAGGUUGGAGUAAUACCUCCUAAGAAGUUCAUAACAAGAUUACGGAAAGAAAAUGAGCUUUUUGACAACUACAUGCAGCAAGAUGCCCAUGAAUUUUUAAAUUACCUACUAAAUACAAUUGCUGAUAUUUUACAAGAAGAGAGAAAGCAGGAAAAACAAAAUGGCCGUUUACCAAAUGGUAAUAUUGACAGUGAAAACAAUAACAGCACUCCAGACCCAACGUGGGUUCAUGAGAUUUUUCAGGGAACAUUAACGAAUGAAACCAGAUGUCUUACUUGUGAAACUACAAGCAGCAAAGAUGAAGAUUUUCUAGACCUGUCUGUUGACGUGGAACAAAACACAUCAAUUACUCACUGCUUAAGGGGUUUUAGCAACACAGAGACCCUCUGCAGUGAGUACAAAUAUUACUGUGAAGAGUGUCGCAGCAAACAGGAAGCACACAAACGGAUGAAAGUUAAAAAACUGCCCAUGAUUCUAGCUCUACACCUGAAGAGAUUUAAAUAUAUGGAUCAACUUCAUCGAUAUACAAAACUGUCUUACCGGGUAGUUUUUCCUUUAGAACUUCGUCUGUUUAACACUUCAGGAGAUGCAACCAAUCCUGACAGAAUGUAUGACCUUGUCGCUGUCGUGGUUCACUGUGGAAGUGGUCCCAAUCGAGGCCAUUAUAUUGCAAUAGUCAAGAGUCAUGAUUUUUGGUUGUUGUUUGAUGACGACAUUGUAGAAAAAAUAGAUGCACAAGCUAUUGAAGAAUUCUACGGGUUGACAUCAGAUAUCUCAAAGAACUCUGAGUCUGGUUACAUCCUUUUCUAUCAGUCUCGGGACUGAAUGGAGAACUGUGAUGAAGAGAUACUUUCUGCCUCAUUUCUUCUCUGGUUAUUUUGGAAAGGAUCAAGCACUGAUUUUUCAAGAAUAGAGAAAUGCAGGAAGCUCAGGGGGCAGUAGCACACUUUGCACACAGUAAAGCAAAGACUAUGGAUUCCCAUGCCCUUCUAUCAUGGUAGUUGGUUUACUUGCUCAGGUAUCAUGCUGUCUGUGCAGUUCCAUUCCACACAUAAGUGAAAUCAGAGAUACCCAGCUCCUCUUGUGAAACAGCCUUCUGGUAAUUGACACGCAUUUUCUCUUUAUUAACUGCACCAGUAAUUAUUUGAAUUCCUUGGGGUGCAAUAGAAAGAAUAAGAAUCUGUACUGGAUUGUAUUGAUUAUUUAAGAAGAUAAUAUUGAAUACACUGCGUAAAUUUGCCUGUGUUCGGUAUGUACAGAAAGCAUAUUCAGUGGUUUUUUUCCAAGCAUAAACCAGAUAUAUACUUUUGGGCCCAACGUUUGCAGUUGCCUUCCUGAUGUAAUAAACUAACAGAUACUAGAAUUCAGUGUCAGGAAGACAAAUAUGUUUUGCUUCUCUGAAGAAGCUUAUAAUAAUAUACAGUCUAUGUAUAUGUAGGGAACAAUUGGUCAAAAGUGGCUUUUUGUUUCCCCAAGGGGAAAGACUGGCUUUGUAAUUAUAAUUUUUUUCUUAUUUAUUUUACUUAAAACUGGUAGAGUCUAAGUAUUGUAUGAAUUGUCCAUGAUUCUGUCAGUAAAUUUGAACAUAUUUUUAUUAGUUUUUGUCAGUUUAAUUAGUCCUUUUGUUUGUUUCUAUUUUUAAAGUGAAUUUUAAAUUCUAUAUGAAAUCAGAUACCUUGAGAAAAAUUUCAAUGAGAGGAGGUAAAUAUUCUUUUUCAGGAGGAACUGAUAUCUCUGGCUAAAUAUUUGUCCUUUUGUUAUAGUUUGAGUCAGUUAUUUUAUUCAGCUUUAAUUUUAGCAAAAUGGAAAUAUAAAAAAGUCCCUUAGUUGCUGAAAUGAUAAAAGAAAUUCUGCAGUGGUGGUAUACCAGUCUUUAGAGUCCUUAAAUAUUCUAAUGUUUCAAGUUGAGGUCAUGCUUGGAAAAUUCAUAUUAUAAUAGUUAUGUUAUUUUCAAAUGUCUUCAUUCCUUACCCUGGAAAGAAGUUAUCCAUUCAUCGUGAGCCCAGCAGCCCGGGAAGACAGCUAAAAACCCUUUGAAGAUUAAAUUUAAUGAAGUAGACCAGGAAUACAAGCAACAAGUCUGGGUUCUUUUUUUUUUUUUUUUUUUUUUUUCUCCUUCAUAUUUACAGGUCUUACUGGAAAAAUGUUCCAAAAUUAAAAUCUGUAUUUGUUAAGACUUCAUUCCAUUAGAGGUUUUAAAAGGAACAUAUGUAAUGUAAAAUAUGUGUAAACUGUUGCAUUUGACACUUUUCUAUGCAUCAGUAAGUUAUCUGACAGUGGCCGAAUGUAACUGGUAGAAAGUAAUUGAAUAUUUAGUCAAAAUAAUAGCAGUCAGACCUUGGAUGUUCUUUAUCAAACCCUUCUCAGACAGUAAUCUUUCUCCUUUUUAAAUUGAUGUAAUUUUUAAAAAUUAUUUUACUAAAACUGUUGAAUAUGAAAAACAACAACAAAGAAUAUUUUUUGUGUGCUGCUAUUAUUAACGUUUAUUAUCUGUAUCUUUUAGCUCAGGAAAUGACUUCACCUAUUCGUUCAGUGAACAGAUCUUUAACAGGGUCAUUUAGCUAAUUGGGCUGUUUAAAUAUGUUCUGGGAGAAAAUUAACAAACUUCUUUUUAAGAUACAGUUUGUAAACCUUACCCUGGCUGGAAGUGUUUUGUACAGAUUAUACAUAGGCUGCCUAAUCUACCAGCAUUGCAAAGAGAAUCACAACCAGGAAUUGAGGGAAAGUCAGAGCAAUGGAAGUGGAUUGAUUCUUUUUUAAUUUCAAGGGCUUAAACCAAAUUUCCUUGGAAUUUAAAGCUGUAUUUUUGCAGCUUUCAGCACAGAGGGAAAGAAUAAAGUGAAUCAGAACCAGUUUUUACAUCAGUUAGGCCACAGCAUGUAUAAAACAGAAAGAUAAAGUAAGUCAUUUGCAUAAGGGUGUAGCAUCAGAUUGCUAUGUUGUGUUUGUUUUUACAUUUUGCAUUUUUUGGGAAAACCUGCAUUACAAGCCAAGGUUCAGUUUCAUAGCAAAGCAAGUUACAGUGUUUUGAUUGAGUUCCAUGGUCGUCAGACCCUUUGUUCACAUUCACGCGUGUUUAAUGGGAUGAUUUGUUGGGGGAGGACUCUGGGGUGAUGGUUCUAAAUUUACUUUUUAACUCUCUGUGCAGCUGAAUCUAAGUAAAAAGUCUUGAAGUUAAUCAGAAACUCAAUAUAUUAAAAAAAAACACAAAAAACUGUGGAGUUAGAGUUGGGGGAAAAAUACAGAUACA